CCCGCUCGCCCGGUAGCGUAUACAAAUUGCUGCAACAGUGUCAAGUUACAUCAACCGAUGUUGACAGUGGUACACUUCAGAUCUUUCAUAUCUACAGUUCACGUUAUUGGUUUAGCCCUAUCUCACACUCUCAAACCAGGAAGAGGUUAGAUAGAGGCAUGUAACACGCAUGUGGCCUAGAUAUCGCUCGACUGUCACAGCCGAGGAGACAAGUGGCUGAUUUACCUCUCGCUGCUCGGAUAUUGCUAUGGCCGAAGACCAGACAAUCCUUGUGCCUGUGUUCGUGGGCAUACUACACGCAGUGAUGUCACAGGACGUUGGCUUGACUGGAAACUGUUCCCGGACAGACAGGCCUGAACCCAUGGAGAUAUGGGGAGUGGAGAGAGGGCCAUUGACUUGCACCAUGCUGGGAACAAUCAGUUGUGAAGGCGGCACACUCCCCCCUGAAGUGGAGGGGGACUUCAUGGGAAGUCCCCAGUCACUGAGCGUGGAAGGAACGCUUGUCCUAGCACCCAAUGGUGUCCUCAACCCACAGAUAGUCUUCACCUGGGAACCCCCUGCGACAGCUGCGGGAUUUGAGCACCUGAAGGGCUUCUACGUGGAGAUAAAUAGGUUUUCAGGGAUCUCUCCUGAGCAGAAGUUCUACUGCCGAGUGUUCGACUUCUCUCAAAACAACUUCACGUCCCAGGAUUACAAGCUGAAAUUCAAGAAGAAGAUGGUGGGUUUCCCCGGGGGCACGAACUUCCUGUAUCGUAUGGAGAUGUUCACUCUGCCAAUGUCACCAGAAUCCAAGUCCAAGAUCGAGUUCUUCACACUUCAGCCCGUGCAAGAUGGCUCUUCUACCGCAUCCUGGUCGACGUCAGUCUCCUACGAGAUGCGAACCCUCACACCCCCCGCUGACGUCACCGUGCAGUUCAGUCUCGCGCCCAGGGAGUACAACUUCCGGAAGUACAGUGUCGAGCUUGUCAGCGACCAUGACGACAAAAAUGUACUCUUCGGCUGUGAGGUGGACACACUGGGUGAUUAUAUAUGUCAAGGAAUAAACAACCCAAAGCCACCUGCAGGUGCCACUACUGUCACUCAUACAUUCCACGACCUGGGGCCUGGUUCAUACAGAGUGUGGAUCACACCUGUUGACCCCUAUUGGCAGACAGAAGGUCAGUGUUUGUGUUUUGAGAGGACGUCAGCCAAUCACACAGCCUGCCUCCGUUGUAUCACGACAUCUACGGGAAACAUCACCGUCGAACACAACGCAGCAGGGACGCCUCCUACAUCACCAGCACAGCCAGCAGGGUCAACAGCUCCCGAUGUGGGCGACACCACAGCAGGGACGUCUCCUACAUCACCAGCAACAGCAACAGGGUCAACAGCUCCCAGUGUCGGGGACACCAAAGAGCCGCCCAAUGAUGUGGUGACAGGCUUGGCAGUCUUGUUUGGUUCAUUGUUCGGCCUGAUCCUGGUUGCUGUAGUUGUGAUGGUGUACAGACGACAGCGCGCCUCAGCUCUUCGCGUCAGGAAGGUGUACCUGCUGUAUACGGACGACCACCGGGACCACUGCAACGUCGUCAGCAAGCUGGCCAUCUACCUGAGAGACCUCUGCGACUGUGAGGUCUUCUUUGUGCCCUGGUUCCGAGGAACAAUCAAGACGAUGGGCGUCUACCAAUGGAUCCUCAGCCACAUUGACCAAGCAGACUAUGUUCUUGUCAUCAGUUCAGAGGCUGCGUUCAUGCUCUUUGAUGCUCGAAACACGAACACAUCUUUCAGGACAGAGGAUGUAGGUCCAGAAGGGGACACCUUCUCCCCAGCUGUUACCCACAUCAUGGCAAGGUCUUCACAACCAGACUUCCACAAGAAAACCAUCCUAGCGCAUUUUGCUUAUACAGAUGAGGAGUAUAUCAUAAAGGAUGUCAGCCCCGGGGUCCAUUACCAAUUACCAAAAUACUUUAAGGAAAUGCUGUGUCACAUCCAUGAGGUGGAACUUCUUGACAAGACCCCAAAACAGGCGAAAAUUAACGCCAUGGGGAACCUACAAGCCUCUCAAUGUGGCCGGACUUUAUUAGAUGCCAUAACAAAAGCCAAACACUUCCAGAAAGCUUGUCCACAAUGGUUUGCUGAAAGGUUUCAGCGACAAGACUCAGCAUACAGCUCCCAGUACGACCAUGUGGGAGAUUCAGUGUCAUGUACAGGUAUGUGCAUGGUGGGUACAAAUCGUGUGGAUGCUAACCAUAAUAAUUAUGAUGAGGAUGAUGAUGAUGAAUUGAGAAGUGCAGUGACCUAUAACACUACUUACGCAAGAACUCACGACAUGUUCCCACCUAGUGAGGUUCCAACGGAUACACCGACUGAGUUCAUCAACAUGCAGCUGCAGAACAUAAAUAUGCAGAACAUGGACAUGCAGAACAUGGAAAUGCAGAACAUGGGCAUGCAGAACAUAAAUAUGCAGAACAUGGACAUGCAGAACAUGGAAAUGCAGAACAUGGACAUGCAGAACAUGGAAAUGCAGAACAUGGGCAUGCAGAACAUAAAUGUGCAGAACAUGGGCAUGCAGAACUUAAAUAUGCAGAACAUGGACAUGCAGAACAUGGAAAUGCAGAACAUAAAUAUGCAGAACAUGGACUUGCAGAACGUUCACACGCCCGACGAUGGCGUGAAAAUAAACAAUGUGGUUCUCACUCACCGUCACUCUCCUCACGAAGAUGUCUUCAUUCCUCCUAGUGACCUACAGCCAGACAUGGAUGUGGGUGGACGCUUCCUUGCCAUCAAUGUGGGCUGCUCUUCUGGAGCUGGUAAACAAGAGUGUGUGUAUACAGAGCCUGGGAGGUUACCUUGAUCCGGUGAUCAUGUCAGUGGCAUCGAUAUUUAGGAUGUGACACUUUUACACUGAACUCUCGUGCAUUUCAACUUUGAACAUUUGUACAUCAGUUACGCUGAUGAAAGCUAAUAGUUACUGCCGCUCCCCAUUAUCUGACACUGACUGGCACGUGUGUACAUAAUGUAAAUCUCUUCCUGACUUUGCAUUGUAAAACUUUACACACGUACGCACAUACGCACGCACACACACACAGACACACACACACGGAAGCGCCGACUAAAAAAGUCCUUGCAAACCGGCCGUUCGCCUACCACAACCUUUCAGUGGGAGUUCUUCAGCUAUUUAUGUUAUCAAACGUUCUUGUUUUAAAACUUAUUCUCAAUGUUUUUAUCACAAGUUCAUUAACAUAAGGACCACCUCCGUGGUCUAGUGGUAGAGCGUCCGCCCGGAGAGCGGAACGUCCGUGGUUCGAUCCUCGUCCGCGUCAUACCAAAAGACGUGAAAAGAUGGUACUUGUUGUUACCCUGUCUUGCGC